AGAGCGCCAUUUUGAAAAAAAAAAGAAGUCAAAACAUUUCAGCUCCAGCAUGCCUUGCUAGUUGCUCUUGGUUUCUGGAACAAAAAGAAAAGACAAACAUGGAGCCACCGGUGAACUGGUCUCAUGAAGAGACUCAGGCGCUUAUCGCUGUCUGGUCAGAGGAGAAAAUUCAGCGCGACCUGGAGGAGUCGUUUAGAAAUGAGAAAGUAUACCGUGAAGUGUCAGGUAGGCUAGCUGCCAUGGGAAUGGGUCGCUCGGCAAAGCAGUGCAGAGAGAAGAUAAAGAAACUUAAACAAGAAUACAGGAGAAUUAAAACACACGGUGAGGGAAGUGGAGCUGUCACACUCAAGGCCUUCAGGUGGUACGACGCUAUGGACGCCAUCAUGGGUGAAAGGCGACAGUCAGAUGCCAUGAUAUCUGAGGUCAUGAUUUCAGAUGUUGAAACAGAUUUGAUGGACACUCCCCACCCUACACCAGCUCCAUCACCCUGUCCCACAGAAAACCCUCAAGACCCACAGAUUUACUCCAUUCAGCUAGAAGAUGUUGACGGUCCCUCUACAAGCACCGCUGUGACCUCCACUGCAGUGCAAACCUCAGUCAAAGAUACGCCCUUGUGCUGUUGGUCAAAUAAAGAGGUCCAAGCAUUGUUGACACUGUGGGCAAAUCCAGCUGUUCAAGAAGAGCUUCUCCUCAACGUGAGGAACAAUGACGUUUACGCUCGGCUGAGUGCCGAACUGGCAUCGCUUGGAUUCAACAAAGCACCAAAGAAGUGCAGGGAGAAAGUCAAGAAACUGAAGCAGGAGUAUAAGAGGAUUAAAAAUGUCCAGCACAGGGGUGAUAGCAACAGCACCCGCACCAGCGUGUGGUUUCUCAUCAUGGACGAUGUCCUCAGUUCUCAGGCAGCAACAGCAAAAUGUUCAAGAACAACAGAGCCGGUCUCCACAGGGCCGUCUCUGUCCCCCCCGUCACAGUCUGUCCUGGAUGUGGACACUGAUGAUGAAACCCAGUGGCUGCCGGAUGAAGUCCAAGUGCUGAUGACCCUGUGGGCACAACCAAACAUUCAGAAACAGCUUCUCACCACAGCAGCAAACAGUCAAGUCUUCACAUACCUCAGCAAUGAGCUCGCCUUGGUUGGGUUUAAUAAGACACCACUUCAGUGCAGUGUUAAAGUGAAUAAUCUUAAAGGAGAGUACAGAAGAGUCAAGGAAUUGAAGCUGCAGUCGGAGGUUAAAAGUGACUGGUUUGCUAUUUUAGAUAGUGUCCUUGGUCUGGAUGGAGAGGACUCUACAGGAGUGGGUUCAUCUGCAGCGCUGACACAAUCUGAAACACCAGAGGACGAGCAUGAGAACGCAGACACGUUGCAGGCUGUUUGGACAUCAGAUGAAGUCAAAGUGUUGCUGACCCGAUGGGCAGAGGAGAGCGUCCAGGAGCAGCUCCGAUCCACUCAGAGAAACGAGCGAGUGUUCGCUCAGCUGAGCUCGGAGCUCGCAACUCAGGGUUUCGAUAAGACCACCAGCCAGUGCAGGUCGAAGAUAAGACUCCUGAAACAAAAGUACAAAAGACUUAAGGAACAGAAGGUCUCUAACAAGCAGAAAAGCAGAUGGUUUGUUAUCAUGGAUGAAGUCCUCAGUCGUCACAAGCCAGAGGCUGAGACCAGACCUCUGCAGACAUCGCAGCAUGAACGCUCUGAAACAGACUCAGGUUGCUCUUUGUCCCUCUCUUCACUGUGUCUCCUGGUUCCAACCCUGCGUCUCAUGUGUGCCUUUGCCUGGAGCGUGGUCCAGUGUUGUGAUGUGGCUCAGUAUAGAAAGGUGGAGGAGCUGGUGAGGUUGGUGACAGAACUGGUUCCAGAGCUGCUGACACCCAGAGAGACGGUCCAGCUCCUGCUCAGGCUCAGGGCAAGUCUUGUGUUGGAGCUGUGUCGAAACGAGAGCACAGCCAACCUGCUGAGCAUCCAGCCGCACCUGAAGAUUAUUCAAGACCUCACGAUGGGCUCCACCUGUGAUCAGGAGUUGGAAAAGUCAAAGUCAAACUUUGUGGAGGUUGUUGAAUCAUUGCUGCAGGACCCAGAGGAAAGAGCAAUGUUUUUCAAGGAGGUGUUUCCCAUCCAUUAUGGCCGACAGCAUGAAGCCACAUUGUCCACAUUAGUUUGGAAAUUCAUCAGCAGACUGGAUGCUCUACUGCCCAUCCCUGAUAUUAAACAGACUGCAGAGUGGCUCAGCAGCGCCCCCUCUGUCAUGGAAGAAUGUGGACAACUGGUUUUGGAACCAGAUCAGCUGAAAGCACUAAUGAGCUUCCAACAGUCAGGAAACACAAAGAAAGGCUGCUCUCAAGCUCAGAACAUGUUUUUGCCAAGACUGUCUCUUCCUCCCAAAGCAAACUCAACGCAACUCACUUCAGAGCAACAGGAAAUGUCUCCAGGCGAUGAAGACGAAGGACAGUUUGAUUGUCCUGAAGACAAGGAGACCGUUGAAGAGAAGCAAACGGACUGUUCCAGAGGAAAUGAACAAACCAGUGACAUGACAAAUUUAAACGUUCAUACUACUUUAGGACUUCAGACCUGCUCUCUGUGUCCGUACUCUGACAGCCAGGCGUCAGGUCUUCUGCAGCACAUCAGAAAGGAGCUUCUGACCCAGGAGCACAGUCACCUUCCCUCUAGAGCGCCUGGAGAAGACAGCGCUCUGCAGCAGGUCGACCCUGAAACGUGCUCGUGGAGCACGACGAAUGCUUGUGAGUAUUGCGGGAAGGUCUUCAAGGAUGCAUCAAUGCUGAACAGCCACAUAAAAACACACACUCGGCCAUUCCACUGCGACAAGUGUGAGAAGAAGUACUCCUCCAGAGCGUCCCUGAAGGUGCACCGUCGAAUUCACACGGGCGAGACGCCAUAUUUGUGUUCACACUGCGGCCGAGGCUUCAGGUCCUCGUAUAACCUCGGAUUGCACGUUCGCAUACACACAGGAGAGCGGCGUUACAGAUGUCAGAUUUGUGGGAAGGCUUCGAUCCAACAUCUGGCGAGACACAUGCGGAUGCACAGAGGUGAGAAGAACUACCUGUGCACGGAGUGUGGGAAGGCUUUUCUCUCCUCCGGGGAGUUAAGGCUUCACAUGAGGCUCCACACGGGCGAGCGGCCUCACACCUGCAAACACUGUGGGAGGGGUUUCACUGCCAAGUGCCUGCUGACAGUUCACAUGCGACAGCAUACAGGAGAGAGUCCUUACAGGUGCUCGGUGUGUCCGAAAUCCUUCCCCACUUUGAAAGCGCAGAAAAGACACACAGCGAUCCACUCGAACAAAAAGUCUCACCAGUGUUUGAAGUGCGGUAAAAUAUUCAGGCAAGAAGACACUUUUAAAAUGCAUGCUCAGACACACACCUGAAAGUAGCAGUGAGUAAUAUCAGCCCUGCUAAUACAGUUACUGCAUUAAGAUACAGUAAUUCAGUUGUAUUAUAUCUUAAAACCAGGCAAAGCUGCCGUUCCAAACAUGCACUGACAAUCUAAAGAACUGAGCCACAUGUAUUUUAACAACUCAGCACAAUCCCUGAAGCAUUGGUUCAAUCAAAUCACAUCAUAACUGACUUACUUACCUGUCGUAGCGUCUGCCUGUGCAGAUAAUUAUGUCUUUUAUUUCCAGGUAAAGACUCUGCCUCUGAGAUUCAUGUCAGUACACACCUGAACUACUCUCUACCAAAGCAAUAAAGUGUUGCACACAACCAAA